UUUUCCCACUCCCAUCUCUCACCAAAGGGAAUAUUUCGAUCUAGAGCCAUCGGCAACAAGAAGAUCAUCAAGAGAAGAGAGAACAUACAUCGUGUACCAUAUUAUUAUGGCUCACAUCGCGGUGGAGAGAAACCGGAGAAGGCAGAUGAACGAGCAUCUCAAGCUCCUCCGCUCCCUAACCCCUCGCUUCUACAUCGAAAGGGGGGACCAAGCAUCGAUCAUAGGUGGAGUGAUAGAGUUCAUCAAGGAGCUACACCUCCUGCUCCAAGCCUUGGAGUCCAAGAAACAACGGCGGCUGAGUUUGAGCCCCCGUAGUCAUGCUAGCGCUACUGUUAGUAGCCCUAGCCCUAGCCCUCGCCCAAUGUUGCAGCUGAUGCCUUCUGCUGCUGCGAAUGAUCAUUUCAACAACCAUCGCAACCCGUUUCCAUCGUCGUCGACGUCGGGGUUUGGAGAUGUAAAAUAUGAGACUCCUCCGACGACGACGCUGCUGGGUUCGUGUUGCAACUCGGCGGUUGCUGACGUGGAGGCCAAGCUGUCCGGAUCCAAUGUGGAGCUGAAGGUGAUCUCGAGGCGGGUUCCCGGGCAGGUGGUGAGGAUGGUAAGUGUGCUGGAGAUGCUUUCGUUCGAGGUGCUUCACUUGAACAUCAGUAGCAUGGAUGACACCGUCCUCUACUCCUUCCUCCUCAAGAUAGGGCUGGAGUGUGAAGUAAGCAUGGAGGAACUUGCAGUUGAAGUCCACCGUACUUUCUUCUCUCCGCCGUCUCCUUCCACCGCUGCUGCUGGUGGUGGUGGUGGUGGUGGUGGUGGUAAUCACCACCGUGACAUUUACCCGAACCAGCUGCUUUGUUUGUAGACUGUAGCACUAGUACUGCAACUCAGCCUAAGAAGUACUACAUAUAUAUACAUUGUUUGUUGAAUGUGAUGACUACAUUUUGCAAAAUGUUUCCAAUAUGAG